AUGGUGCACGGUACAGACAUAACGCAGACUCCUGCUCGUGGUCAACUCUGGCGUCCUGGGAGGAGUGAGGCCAACAGAGAGAUCAACCUUGGACUCAAGCGAAAGCAACAGGCUCAAGAGCAGCAAGCGGGCCCUUCCAGACAAACACCAGACACUGGCAGGAAGACACAUGAAAGUCCAUCUUCAGCAAGCAAGAGAGUACGAAUUGAAAGGGAUGAGUCGCCGAUAGAGACACAACCCGAGCGGGCUCCCGUCCCUGCUCCCGCGACCCCCAAACGAUCUCGACGACCGAUUCCUCCUAGUUGGAAGCCUCCUUUGGCCGUUGGUGCCUCCCUAGGAGACAACCUAAGUCGGAUAGAGGAGGCAGAGCGAUCGGUCUUGCAAUGGGAAGCAAUCCUAGAAAAUGCCCGCCAGACGCAACCUUUGGCUGACCUGUCGGGCUUUGAGAAGCAGUUGGAGAAGGCUCGCACGAAGUUCAACGAGAUGGAGAAUUCUGAGGAGAACUCGGUGCCAGCUAAUCAACUCGAGUCUACCAAACGGCAAAAGAUUCAAGAACGCAUCCGCAUUCUAAAGAAUGCUCUUGAGAAAAACGAGUGCCCAACUGCAAACAUCAACAUCCGCGCCGCUAUCAAAGCCUACGAGGAACGGACUAUUCAGUGCUGGGAACUAUGGGCUCUGUUCUACGCCGGCCAUCUUGUCGACCUUUGCUACUCUUACGAAUCCUUCACUCACGAUCGAGCAGAGAGGCUCGACCGAUACUAUGAAAAACACGGCCCAGGAUGGCUCUGGUAUGAACCUCCACUAGCUCCAGGUGCCGGUCAUCAGCCAUCUCUCAAGGCCGCCACAUGGGCUCAACCAGCGAAGGACUCCAGCACACUGAGCGGUGGCAUAAACCAAGCCUGGGACAUCACCAUGGGAUUCCGCCGCGUAAAGGGCUUCCACAGCCGUGACGGCACUCAACCGACCCAAAGCGGCAAAUUUCUCGCGUACAAGACUCGGGUUAGAACCUUGCCCCAGCCCCAGCCCAGGGACGAGUGCUGGGUUGAGGACGACGAGAUGGCGGCGCGAUGCUUCUUUCUGAUGCAGCUCGACAGCGGCGCGUCUCACCCUUGCCUGUACAACACCGACCUUGAGAUUAUCGGUAUAGAUCGAAGGGUAUAUCCUCCUCAGACGCACAUCAACGUCAACACGGCGACUUCUUCAACCCUCGCCGCGAUUUACGAGAUGCGCGUUGACGUCUGUCGUCAUGAUGGCCGGUCACUCGUAGGUGACAACCCAGUCUGGCCUACAGAGCGUCGCGAGCUAGGCGGCAUCACCCCCGUCAUGGUUCUCCUUGAGGGGAUAAACCCUGACCCCGGGCCGCUAACCGACGAAGAGGUCAAACUUCGUCGUGAGCGCGGAGAAGACGUUAGUGAGGCUGCCCUGGCAGUCCGGCAGAAGAACCCAAAAGACGCCCGACUCUCUGGGAUGCUUCCGUUCCAAGUGUGCUACUUUGCCGGAGCACCUGGAAUGGAUAUCUGGUUUGGUGAAGACCGCUGUGACGUGCUCGGAGCAGAUCGUAUGCCUGGUCAGCGCCGGUGGGAGCGGCACAAAGUUAAGCAGCUCGUUCGAGGCUCCCAGCUGGACGCACUGGAGGAGCGUCCUGUCGUUACGUUUGAUCACAAGAUGGAUCACAAACGCAUUGUCGAUACUGACGUUCCUGGGCGUCCCGGAGCGAGCCAGAUAACUGUCGACAUCUGGGCUGAUCGAUGGGAGGAUUCGCAAGCGAGAGCGAAACGGAGACGGAGAAGGACAAGUCAGAGUCUCUGUCAGAUGUGGGUUCCUGGUUAG